AACAUCCCGCAUAAAUUUUCCCACAGCAAAGCACACAACGACUCCCGUCGCUCUUCUUUCUCUCGUUGUCAAUGCUGCGUCGCAGCAGCAUUGCCACAAAACAGUGAGGCACCGAUCAUCUUGCAGCCAUGGAUGCUGCGUCACAAGAACGGCGGGUCCGGAUCUCGCGCAUUGCAGGCCGGUACCUCGUCUUCGACAUAGACGACGUCGUCUACAUCCGCCGCCACCACGGCAUCUGCGCGGUCCUGACCGGCACCAUGCCGCAGAACCCGACGCAGAAUCUCUUCUUAAGCCUGCCUGUCGAGCUGCAAGCCGACGAGGCCAGGCUGCUGGUCGACAAGGGCGUCGGCUACAUCGCCGACGAGCUGGCCGAGCACAUGGCGCAGCUGACCGCCGCCGACGACAGCGCGCGUAAGGCGUACCUGCAACACCUCAAACAGCAGCGCAGGCACGCCCAGCAAGUGCUUGACGAGGAACGAGCAAAGGCCCAGGCCAUGCAUCUGGAAAAGCGCAAGGCUGCAGCCGCGUCCAAAGCGAAAGCCCUGCCCCCCACGUCGUCGUCGUCGGAGCCCUCCUCCUCUUCCUCCACCACCUCCACACUAGAACCCGAAGACUCCCUCUUUGACCCGUCGCCUGCCCCAGCAGCCGCCGCGGCCCCCAGACCUAAACAAACACCCCUCCCCGGCAUAACCCCCACUACCAGCACCGCCCUCCUCCCCUCAGCCACCGCGUCAAGCACCCCCGCCGUCGCGGACACCCCCGCUCCGUCCCCGCCGUCCUACCCGCUGUACAGAUACCUCAACGCGCGCGGCUACUACACCACGCCGGGCCUCCGCUUCGGCGGCGACUUCAGCGUCUACCCGGGCGACCCGUUCCGGUAUCACGCGCACUACCUGGCCAACAGCUACGGGUGGCACGACGAGAUCCCGCUGCUGGACCUCGUGACGAGCGGGCGGCUGGGCACGGCGGUGAAGAAGAGUUUUCUGUUCGGCGCGGCGGUGGAGGGUGCGAGCGAGCCUGGUGGCGGCGGUGCCGGUGUUGGGGGAGGGGAUGGGAAAGCCGGGGUGAGGGUGUUCUGUGUUGAGUGGGCUGGUAUGUGAGGAGCUGCUCGAUCGGUGCUGUACGUGUGGGAGUAGUGGAGUGAUGAAUGAGAUACCCCGUUGAGUUGACACAUCUUGUCCGCGUGCUUCGUCGUCGAGUUCGUAAUAUUAUCAAUGGUGACGCGAUAUGGAUAAUACUGCACUAUACGUACAGAAACUGCUCACCACGUUUGUUGAAAUCUCUCAUCGCAACAUUAUGCCACCGGCGCCCAUCCUGGAGAUGGCCUACAUUGCAACCUCGACCUCCCGUUCGCUCCCUCCAGCCUGAACUAUACGAUACUCUGCAAGCCAAAAGACUACGACGUAACAGAGAUAUUGCCAGCUCAAAACUCGUAUGCCAACCCCAAACGCCAGA